CGUGGCUGGGUGGCCUGCACAGCCCGGAGCAGCGGACCUUCCGCGAAAGACAGAAAUACUUUGAGCUGGAGCUGAAGCAGCAGCCACCUGCUGAGAAGCCCCUCAAGCGAGUGUCUUUGGUCGGGGAAGAAGACUUGAAAAAAAUGAAAGAGGAAGAAGCUCGGAAGCUCCAACAAAAGCGAGCCCAGCUGCUGGAGGAGGAGGAGGAGGAGGAGGAAGACGAGGAGGUGGAGCGAAGCAAGACCCCCCCAGACCUGACUGUCUCAUCCAGCAUCUUCAUCGAAGGCAUUGAGUACAGAGUGGAGAGACAGAAUGGGAAUAAUCUCUCCACAACGGCUUGGUUCCCAGAUCCCAACAGACACAAUGGCUCCCUCAGAAGCUCUGCGGAGAGCUUGACCCCCGAGCAGCAGCCCCCUUCCCCUGCUGGGAUGAGUCCCUCUGGUGCCAGAGGAGGGGAGUGCAGGGUGCCAGUCCGGACAGCGAAAGCGGAGAGACGGCAUCAGGAGCGCCUGCGUGGGCAGAGCCCAGAGUUCCUGGCUGCCCAGCAGAAAGAGCUCUCCCCUGCUGAGCGCCGAGCCCUGGAAGCUGAGAAACGGGCCAUGUGGCGAGCAGCACGAAUGAAGUCUCUGGAGCAGGACGCUCUUAAGGCCCAGAUGGUGAUUGCCAAGUCCAAGGAGAGCAAGAAGCGGGGCACGCUGGAGCAGCUGGCAGAAUCUCCCUCCCCGGCCCCCACGCCCUCCCCCCCGCCGUUGGGGGAUGGCGGUUCCCGGGUCGCUGUUUCUCCAGGCCGGCUGUCUCUGCCUGAAAAGAAGUUUCUCUACAGGGAAUUUGCUGCCAUUCCUUCUUCUAAACCUGUGUAUGAAAUCCAGACUCUGGAUGGUAGAGAAUCCUGCAAACGCCUUGGCAGCUCAGUGCGCCAAGACCACGAUGGGACUCCGGAGCCCUUGGUGCCCCACAGCCCCUCCGCAGGCCAGGAGCUGGGGCUGUUCGGUGAGGAGCGCAAACUCCAGCAGGCCCAACACAGCUUAGAAACCGCCGUCCCAACAUAACGCACCUGCCCUCGGAGACUGUACGGACACAGCCGGGCCAGGGGGACGGAGUGGGGCACGUGGCCAUUCGGCCCCUCAAUGGACACGGGGGCUGUGAAUCUCCUUGCGAUGCACUGGGGCAGGUUCUGACAAAUCAGAGGCAGAGCAUUAGGGGUGAGGGAACUGAUGGGAUGUAGCGUCUGUAAAUAGUGGAUGGGUAGAGGACGGUGCCGAAGCUGCUUCCAUUUGGCCAUCAGCUGCGGUUGCCAGAGACCAGCCAGACGUUGGCCAAGCAGCAGUGGGGCCCCUCCUGUGCCCCGUCCCCCACCUUCCUUGGUCCCAGGCAACGGCCAGGAGGGGCCUCACGACGGAGGGGCUUGCAGUCACCUCCUGCCUUGUCAGGUGGGCCCCGGUGUCUGGGCAGGCAGAGAAUAGCCCGCCUGUCUGUUCAUGAGGUGGGGGGGAUGCUCGGGAGCUGCCAUGCCAGGCAGGGUAGAGAAGCGGGGAGCCGACGUAGGGGCAGGCUAGUCGCAUUAGGUGUGGUGAUGCAGAUGUUGUGGGGUUGGGAUAGAGUGGGGGGAAGGGGCGUUGGGGCCCCAAACGGAGUCCCAGGAUUGGGGGGGUUGCACCUCUCACCAGCCCAGAGCCGUGCUUUGCGGCCUGGCUUUGGAGCUGCCAGGCCAUCUGGAAAGAGGGGCAGAAUGGCUCUGCCCAUUGGUGUGCUCGUAGCCCACUGUGCAGGCUUGUCAGUCGCACGCAGGACGGGGGAUCUCUUAUGCCAAAUUGGGAAGACUCGUUUUAACAGAAUGUGUGCGUUCGGUUUUAGGAAGGUAGAGAGAGAAGGUCUCUGUCUCUUUUUCUGAAGCUGCAAAUGUGGCUGCUUCGACAUCAACUGUUAGAGCUUUUUGUUUUUAAACUAAUUUUAGCAUUUGCUUUUAAUAAGCAACUUGGGAGUGAUCAGGCAGGGUUUCAGUGACUAACUAACUUAUAGGUGCUGGGCUGUGAUACAUCUAUCCUCUCCCGGGAUAGUCGAAGGGAGAUCAAGACUGUAACUAGUGACAUUUGUACAACCAAAGAAAUCUAUUUUGUGGUUCAAUGACAAUAAAGUUUACUUUACCUUUUAGA